AUGGAGAGCUUCUCACUUCUCAGCAUUUCGAGACCGCGAAUCUCUUCCUCUGCCCUGAGUGCUUUUCCUGAUAUCCUGUCCUCACUUGCCACCAGCUUGCCAGACAUUGCAAAGACAGAGGUACCCACUGAGGCAUCUAGACUAGCUUGGGCCCUGGCCCUGCAGUACCAAAGCAAUGCUCUCUGGCAUGGGAUGCACGACCCUGCCCUUUCUUUUGCAGACUUGAGGGACAGCCAGAAUGGGGAGCAGCUGAGGCGAAACUGCACCAUCUACCGGCCCUGGUUUUCUCCUUACAGCUACUUUGUAUGCACAGACAAAGAGAGCCACCUGGAGGCCUAUGGGUUCCCAGAAGUGGACUGGGAAGAGGGCAGAGGGGAUAACUGCCUUAUUGAGGAUGUGACUGACAGUGUCUGCUCAUCUUCCUCCUCCCAAGAGAACACAUUCCCCAGGGAGGCCAACAGGAAAUCCAAGCAUGGGUUGGAGUCUAUUACAUCCCAGGAUAUCCUAAUGGCUUCCAAGUGGCACCCGGCCCAACAGAAUGGCUACAAGUGUGCGGCCUGCUGCCGCAUGUACCCCACUUUGCACUCCCUCAAGAGCCACAUCAAGGGGGGCUUCAAGGAGGGUUUCAGCUGCAAGGUGUACUACCGCAAGCUCAAAGCUCUCUGGGGCAAGGAGCAGAAGGCCCGGCCAGGAGAUAGGCUCUCCUUCAGUAGUUGCUAG